CUCCUCGUCCUUCUUGUGAAUGUUCUUGCACUUACUUUGCGGCUCCCGAGCGGAUCUGCAUCCCAGCUCUGUUCCUGGGCUCCUGCGUCCGUGCGUGGUCCCACCGGGCAGCUAACGCGCUCCUCGGAAAUGGCUUGCGCUGAUUUAGCGUAAUUCCUUCGUCAUGACCAAACCGAGUCCUGCUGCUGCCUGAGCCCCGGGGCGCGGGAGCCCGGCUCGCCGCGAGACGUCCCGCGGCCGCUGGGGACCGAGCCGCUGCCUCCGAGGGGACUCGGAUGCGAUGGACCGGCGUUUCCAGGACCUGAUGGAUUUCUGAUACCUCACUCCUGAGGGGCUGGAAGGAGCAUGGUUAAACACCAACCGCUGCAGUACUACGAGCCACAGCUAUGCUUGUCGUGCCUGACGGGGAUCUACGGCUGCCGCUGGAAACGGUACCAGCGGUCACAUGAUGACACCACCAAGUGGGAGCGCCUCUGGUUCCUAAUCCUCACCUCCUCCUUCUUCCUGACGCUGGUCUGGUUUUAUUUCUGGUGGGAAGUUCACAACGACUACAAUGAAAUCAACUGGUUCUUAUAUAACCGAAUGGGAUAUUGGAGUGACUGGUCCAUUCCAAUACUUGUAACAACUGCUGCUGGCUUUACGUACAUUACAGUGUUAUUGAUACUAGCACUAUGUCACAUAGCUGUGGGACAGCAAAUGAACCUACACUGGCUUCACAAGAUUGGCCUGAUGACCACCUUGAUAACUACCGUGGUGACCAUGUCAUCGAUAGCACAGCUUUGGGACGACGAAUGGGAGAUGGUAUUUAUUUCACUUCAAGCCACAGCUCCUUUCCUGCACAUAGGAGCGCUCGCAGCGGUCACGGCCCUGUCGUGGUUGAUAGCUGGGCAGUUUGCAAGAACAGAGAAAGCCACUGCUCAGAUGCUGAUGUUCACUGCAUACCUCGCAGUUGUAGUUGCACUUUACCUCGUCCCUCUCACCAUUUCGUCCCCGUGCAUAAUGGAGAAGAAGGCUCUGGGACCAAAGCCAGCCAUUAUAGGUCACCGUGGAGCACCGAUGUUGGCACCAGAAAACACUCUGAUGUCCUUCCAGAAGGCAGUGGAGCAGAAGACAUACGGAGUCCAAGCUGAUGUUGUACUGAGCUACGAUGGAGUGCCAUUUCUGAUGCAUGACAAGACGCUCAGGAGAACAACGAAUGUGGAGGAAGUGUUUCCAGAGCUGGCCUACGAGCACUCCUCCAUGUUCAACUGGACUGACCUGGAAAAGCUCAAUGCUGGAGAAUGGUUUCUACAGAAUGAUCCUUUCUGGACGGCUGGGUCUCUCUCAAGGUCUGACUACUUGGAAGCUGCCAACCAGUCAGUCUGCAAAUUGGCAGAUAUGCUAGAGGUGGUCAAGGACAAUGCAUCGGUCAUCUUGAACUUCCAGGACCUGCCACCUGCUCAUCCUUACUACAGCACUUACAUCAACAUCACCCUGGAAACCAUCCUGGCAUCAGGAAUUCGGCAGCAGGCUGUGAUGUGGCUGCCGGAGGCAGAGCGGCAGCUGGUCAGGCAGAUUGCACCAGGUUUCCAGCAGACUUCUGGCCUCAAGCUGGACACGCAGCGCAUGAAAGAGAAAGGAAUCGUGAAACUUAACCUGCGUUACACCAAGGUCACGAACGAGGAUGUCAGGGACUACACCACAGCGAACCUGAGCGUGAAUCUCUACACUGUGAAUGAGCCCUGGCUGUUCUCCAUCCUGUGGUGCGCUGGUGUCCAGUCGGUCACCUCCGACAGCUCCCACGUCCUUCGCAAGGUGCCUUCUCCUAUCUGGCUAAUGCCUCCAGACGAGUACCGUCUAAUCUGGAUCACAUCUGAUCUCAUUUCAUUUAUCGUAAUUGUAGGAGUUUUUAUAUUCCAGAACUAUCACAUGAUCAGGUGGCGCCUAGGAAGCAUCAGGACGUACAACCCAGAGCAGAUCAUGCUCAGUGCUGCCGUGCGCCGGUCCAGCAGGGACGUCAAGAUCAUGAAGGAGAAGCUGAUCUUCUCAGAGAUCAACAACGGCGUGGAGAACACGGACGAGCUGUCGCUCUGCUCCGAGAACGGCUACUCCAAUGAGAUGGUGACCCCCACGGAUCAUCGGGACACCAAGCUGCGGAUGAACUGAGGCGCUCGGACCCAACGCCGCAGCGCGGCCAGCUCCCCGCGUUCCCUUCGGCAGCGAGAGCCGUGCUCUCCUGCCUGCUCUGGGAUGGGAACCUUUGAGGAACUGCUGGUUGGGCAGACACCCCUUCCCGUUCUCCCAUCGGUGGCCACUCCACCUCUCUGGUUGUGAGGCCAUGGGGCUUUUUUUGUAAAUAUGUAGAAAGUCCAAAUUUUUGUCUUUUUUUGAGUGUACCUGUUUUUCCAGGGCAUGAAUGGAAAUACGUUGUUCAUUAAAUCAUCCACUUUAUGGCUGAAGUUAUUUGAAUCUUGACGUGACAGCCUUGGGGAGGCCGGGGAAGGCAGGUGGGACGUGGCUCCCCUUUCUCUCCCCGCUCGACUCCACUCCUUUCCUUGGUGCAGCGACUGUGUAGCUGAACUCUGUUUGAAACGUAUGUUGUGAAGUUCUCGUGAAGUGUCGUUUUUGUUCAUUUUUUCUUUUUUUUGUUUUUUUUCCCCUUCCUGGGCAAUGAAGUUUUAGCUCUGCUUUAACAGGAGUCUGUUUGGAGGAGUGAGAAGCUUUCCUAGGAGAGAAGAUAGCGCUGCUCUUCCCUGCUGAACUUCAGAGCCAGGGGAGGAAUUGCACUGGCUCGUUCAUUCGGGCACUUUCUCCCUGUCCUGUCCCCCUUUCCCAAAAUGAUGCUUUCAGGAGAAUGGCCUUUUUGAAGCAAAAUGACCUGUUGCAGUCUAAGGCAAAUGGCUGUUAUUUUGCCUGCGCUGGCAGCAAUGAUUUCAUUUCAGUUUUUUUCUCUCCCCCCUGAGUGGGGCUCUAUCGAGAGCCCUGAUGGCUUGCAAAAAGCAAUGCCAUGGGUGCCACCACUGCUCAGAGACCUGGCUAAAGUGCCUGCCACUUCAGGUGGCAUUUGCAGUUGCUCCUGGCUUGCCUGUCCCUUGCACCUGCCAAAGAAGAGGUGGCAUUGCAGUGCGAGCUUCUGCCUUUCGGAGCCAAGCAGAAGCCGAUGGGCAAAGGAUUUGUAAAUAGUUCGGCAGGGGAAACGGCCCAAGAAAAUAAUUUAUUCCUGCAAGGAGACCUUAUCUCCUUGCUUUCAAAGCAGAACAUUCUUGAGGCUGCAUGUUAGUGUCCUCCAAAGGAGCAACAGUCUUGCAGCAGAUGCUGAGGGGUUCACGGAGGCGAGAGCUCUCCUCAGCAUUUUUCCAAUGCAAGAGGCUAUAAACCAAAAUCCUAGACCAGAGAUUAAAAAAAAACCUAAAGAAAACUCAGAAACUAAGUAGAUUACAAUUGCAUUUUUUUCCCUCCUUGCAAGAGCUCACAGCCAGCCCAAGGGAAGUCUCUGCUCCUGCUCUUCAAGGUCUCGCUGAGAGGUGCUUGGUUUCGGGUCACUUUGCUGUUCACACGGAGCCGGUUCCCAAGGCAGCUGAAGCCAGCCAAAAGGCUGCUGUUGAUGUGAAUGGGUUUUGGCUCAUUCCCCAUGUCCUUCUGCUGUUGGGUAGCUUCCCCCUGUGCUGCAUCGCGGUUGACACGACGUGCAAUAUGAGAAAUCCCAUUGAUCACGGGCUUCCUUUGAAGUUCGGCGUGCGCAGCCUUGAAAAUGCGGGGAGUACGAAAGUAGUUUCCUGCAGAAGGAGUGGAAGCCAAGGCUGAGGCUUCAAGUGCUGGCUGAGCCAGGGUUUCUCUGCGGAGCCUGUGCAGCUGGAAGAAGUGACCUUGCAGGAGGGAGGGGUAUUUUGGGGCUGCUGGCAUGCAUCAUGUUAGACACCAAACACAGGCUUGGUAUAGCCAGAAAGAAGAUAAGAGACAAGUUCUUAACGUGGCAGCACUAAACUGCUAAUUUUUUUGAUUGUAAUCCAGUAGUGUUUUGAAACUCCAGUCUUGUGCUUAGCACAGAAGAAUUGGGGGCAAAACCAGCCAACUGAGUUGUAUAAAAGGAAAGAAAUGGAAUGUCAAAGUGACAGAAGAAAAAUGUUCCUACUAAUAAUGCAAGCAAGUAAUUAAACCUUAAUUGUGAUGCUCUAAUGUGCACUCCCGAAGCAGUGCAAAUCAAGACUUUAAAUCAUUUGCAUCUGCCCUGGGCUUUUAUGAAUGUAGGUGGAGUAAGACCCUGGUCCGUGCUCCCUGUUAUCUUCCCCAGUACACUGUCCUUUCAUAUGGUACUUUCUCAAGCCUGUGAAAAAAGGUUGUUUUUUUUUUUCCUGCAGAACUGCAAGAUUUUGGUGGAAUUGAAGGCCUUUGAGAACAAGUUGUUUCUCCCUUAAAUGUGGUGCUGUAUUGAAACAUUCCUGGCAGAUUGUCAUUGCCAAGUGAGAGACACUGUUAAAUCUCGGCAUCUGUUGAUAAUCACCUGCAUGUUCUGUUCUUAUUCUUGAAGAUGAUUUUAUUGAAAGGUCAAGUGCUUAAAAGCUUGGAAGUGUAAAAAGCAAUCCAAUGAAGAGUUGCUGUUGUGUGUGGGUUUUUUUUUUGUUUUGGGUUUUUUUUUUGUUUUUUUACAAUGAGAAACCUUAUGCGUAAUGCACUGACUGUUACCGUUAUCGUCCUGAAGAUUUGCUACCUUUUUUUUUUUUAAGAAGGAUGAGACUUUUUUGAUGAAAAUAGAGCUAGACCAAAAUAAACUCUGCAAUGCUCUGUGAAAUAAACUGUCAGUAUUCCCCUGC